AUGAACACGUUCGACAUUGAAGUGUACAAUGGGAAACUUUCAAGAGGAAUAGAUGGCAUAAAUGGUCGCGUUGUCGUGAGUCGUGGCAGAAAUUUAAAGAAUCGAUUUCGAAGCCGACAAAAAAGAGAUAAAAAGUCAAUAGAAGAAAGCUCAACCAUGACUUUAAUAAAGAAGGAAAAAAAAGGAAAAAGUUUGAUUGUUGUGAGAAAUAAGUAA